AUGAUCAACAACAACAACAACAACAAUAACAAUAGCCCUAACAAAGCUUCUCAGAACAGUGAUCGUUCCCGCAAACGAACCUUGAUGAUUGAUCUCACCAAAGAAGUGGACAAUGAUGAUGACCAAAAGGUAAAGCUUGAACCAGCCGUGAAGAAGGUAAAACUUCGAUUGACGCCCAAAACGAAGAAGGAACAGGAAAAAGAGGCCGCAAAGAUAGCGAAGCAAAAAGAGGCCGCCAGGAAGAAGCAAGAACGGGAAGAGGAUAGGGCGCUGAAGAAGGCAGAAGCGACGUUGAGGAAGCGCGAAAAGGAAGCUGAAAAGGCAAAGAAAGCACAAGAGGCGGCGAGGAAGAAGCGGGAGAAGGAGGCGGCAAAGAUUAAAAAAGAACGCGAAGCGGCGAGGAAGAAGCGCGAAAAGGAGGCGGCAAAGGCGGCAAAGGCUGCGAAGAAGAAGAAGAAGAAGAAGGACAAACCAUCGGUGAAGGAGGUCAAUAAGAAGGUCAAAGCAGCAGUGGUGAAAGAUGAAGUCAAGGAGGAGGAGGAAGAGGAGCAGGUGGAG